AUGGACUAGAGUGGAUUUGGCAAACUAGGUUUUUAUAACCUUGCCUUGGUCUCAAUUUUCUGUUCAAUAGGAGGGCUUUUUUCAACCUCUAUCAAUGCAAAGCUUGGAGUUAAUGUAAGUUUAUUCCUCGGUGCUAUUUUUGACGGCUUAUGGAUUUUAUGCUCGCUUUUACCAACAAUGAGAAAUCAAAUCACAGAUUAAGAAGAACUUAAUAACAGUGUGAUCUUUUCGAAAUAAUUCAUUUAUCCAGUCAUGCUAUUUGCUUCUUGUGUAUGUGGCCUCACAACUGGACUACUGUGGACAUCAUAGGGUGUAUAUAUUUCUUAAUGUGCUACAGAGGAAAACAAAGGCUUUUACUUUGGUUAUUUCUGGACGAUGUAUACUCUAUCAUAAGUAUUUGGCAAUUUGAUUGCAGCAUUAGUAAUAGGAAAUACCAAUCAGGUUACUUAUUUUAUAGUUAUGGCUUCGAUUGCAUUGGCAUCGAGUUUGCUUUUCAUUACCUUGAGAAAACCUACUUUGUAAAAUUAAGAACAAUUGAGUCUUAGUGACUUGGUAAUUGAAGCAAAUGCUAAUUAAAAAUAAAUAUAAACUGCAGAUAGUGGAAUAGUUGACCUUCAAGGAAUGAGUUAAACUCAAAAUAGCUCAAUCUCAAACAAUAUGAUAUAAAAGACUUCAGAGGUAUCAAUAUACUAGAAUGCAAUGAGUAUUCUGAAAUUUAUGGUAUCUCCUAGAAUGAGGUACUUUAUUCUCGAGAUAGGCUGGACAGGAUUUAGUAUAUCUUAUUUCUCAGGAAUGCUAGUACUUAUUAUGACAGAUUCUAUGGGAGCAGAUGAGAGUGAGAGUUUAAAAAGCUAUGAGAAAGCUUUAUUUGCAAUGGUCGCUCUAGGAGUAGGUGAGGUAGUUGGCAGUUAGCUUGUUGGUUAGAUAGUUGAUAAAGUUAAUAGUAAAGUUGCUGUAAUUUUCAAUCUGGUUGUUCUAGUGUUGAUGCUAAUAGUAACAUUUAUAUACCUGAUUAUUUAUGAGUUUUCUUGGUUGGCUUUUGUUAUGACUUUCCUGUGGGGAGUUCAAGAUGCUGCAGUAAAUACACAUUGUAUGGAAAUGCUUGGUUUUGAAUUUGAUGAUAAUUCUGAAGCUUUUGCAGUCUUUGCAAUGUUUUAAGGGAUUAUAUGUUUCUUUGUAUAACUUGUUCAGUCUUUAGUUAUUGACCGAACUGGCUUUAUUAUCUAUACUAGUGUUUUCGGUAUUAUAGGAGUAAUAUCGAUUGGCCUUACAUAUUUCUUUGAUUUCAAGGAAAAGAAGGCUUAAGACUCCUAAAGAGUAAGAGAGUAUACACUAAUCGAAUAAAAACAAAAUUGA